UCCUUAAAACCAAGAGUGCUGUACUAAGGGUAUGUUUUCCUGUAUUUGGCUCAACUUUUUCUGGUUCUGAGUAUUGUAAGAAUUGGGAAUAUUUGGCUCUUCCCUUAUUCCCCAUCUUGGAGAUACAAGAGAUCUGUUAGGAAGUCAUUCUUCGCCUUCUCUUUCUGUCCUUCGAGAAGUUUUCUCCUGUGGUCCAGACAAGGAUUUGAUCUUGAACAAGUCCAACUUAAGUGGUGAUUUCCACGUCUUUGUUUUGUUUUGUUCUUUUUUGUUCCAUUUUGAUCCUGCAAGAAUUGGGGAUUUAUUCGCUCAACACCGCAGAGCCACAUGAAGUGCAAGGCUAAUUACACAGGGAGCUUGCCUGGUAUCCCUGAGGCACCAUCAAUGAUACAACUUCACCACUGCCAUGCAGCCCUUGGCAUGGAUUGCAUCACACCUUGGAAUGACAAGACUGGAAUGUUAAUUUGUCCAUGUGACUGUUUAGGGGCACUAGGACUGAUUCAUAUUAGUUGCCUUGAAAAAUGGCUGUCAACUUCAAACACAGAUAAAUGUGAAAUAUGCCAAUUUAGAUUCAAAAUUGUACGGAAACCUGGUUCAUUUUUGCAGUGGUUGAAGAGCAAUGACAAAAUGGGAGCAAAAACAGUGUUGGGGGAUCUCCUGUGUCUUGCUUUACUUACGCCAUUAAGUCUUGCCUCCGUCUAUAUAUGCAGUUUUGGCGCCUUUAUAUAUAUGAGCCAUGGAGCAUGGGAAGGGGUAGGUCUUGCUGUGGUUGGUUGUUUCCUGCUGAUGGUAUUCCUCCUGUGGUGUGGCGUGACAGCAAGGUAUCAUUGGAAGCUGCUGAAGGAAUGGCAGAGGAAGUAUCAAACAGUUCAUGUUUUGUUAACUGGAAAGAAAACUCUCACUGAAUGUAUUGAAAAGCAACAUGCACCAGCAAACAGAAAUGCUACUCAUCAUGAAGAUAUUGAAAUGAGUGUCUUCGUAUGAUGGAUACUCUUUUGUAAUGUUAUUUAUUUUCUGCUGCUCUAUAUUUUUAAAUAUGUAUAUUUUUAAUUAUGUAUAUGGAAGUUACUAAUGUAACACUAGUUGUCUGUUUUGAAGGAUUCCAAUGUCACCAAAUUUUGUUGAAGGGUGGCAGAUUGUUUCAAAUAGUGACAUCAGGGAUCCAAGAGAUGUAAGAGCUCCUAAGGCAGCCAUUGCGUAUUGUUAAACUGAGCUCCAGUGCUUCUAAUAUUCUGUGCCUUGUGUUACACGGUUAACGAUUUUAUACAUUAAUAUACAUGUUAUAUUUUAUGAAGUGCCUUGGCUGUUGGUAUAAACAGCAGAUCACAGUUGUGUGUUAUUAUAGGUGAUGUCUGUUUUUAGACUGAUAAAUGUAAGUGAAAAGACCAGUAUUAAUGACAGCUUUAGAAGGUGUAAACAACUAUUUUGACUCUAUUUCUUUAACUUUCUAAUCAGUAAUUUUAAGUGCCUUUUUAACAGUACAGAUUUGUCAUUCCUGUCUUAUGUAAGUAUUAUUACCAGUGUUGAAGUACAAAAUGUUAUAAAUGUCACUUACCUUCUCUAAAAAGUACUAACAAUAUGAACAGCCAGGAAUUUUCAGAGUUACGAUAAUAGCACAAAGAAGUGUAACAGUAUUGCAUGCAAAUACUGUAAUAAUAUUCACCCACAUUAUUUUUAGUGUUUCAUCAUGUUGUGAUAAAUGUACACUAAUUUUUUUUGUAAAUCUUUGAAAGAAUAGUGAUUUU